CCCUUCACCGUCCCCAUCCAUUGUCAUCACUGCCUCAGCUGCUAUAUUUAAGGCCGAGCAGGCGCCGGGAUCACACUCUCCUCCCGUCCCCGUGAGCCCAGGGCAAGAAGACACCAGGCACCCUCGUCCCUGGAUCUCCUCCCAGAGGCGCCCAAGUGACUCACCAAGUGGACCGGCUGCUGCUGUUGUUGCUUCCGCAGCCAUGACGCUGCCCCACAGCCCUGGAAAUGUGGGGGAGCCCCGGCCCCCCCAGGCCGUGGAGGUGCACAGGGUGGAGCGCCGCCAGGAGGAGGAGCAGCGGGAGCAGCGGCAGCACAGCCUGCACAUGGGCUCCUCGGUGCAGAGGAGGACCUUCCGCAGCAGCGAGGAAGAGUACCAGUUCAGCGCCGCAGACCACGCCCUGGCAGCCGCCCUGGCUCUCACAACCUCCUACGAGCUGUCUUGGGAGGCCCAGCUGAGGCGCCAGACCUCCACGGUGGAGCGGGAGGAGCGAGGGCAGAAGAGCGUGGGCUUCGGCAAUGACCUGGAGAGGACCGACAUCGCCCUCCUCCGCACCCAGUGGCUGCUGCGCCAGAGCCGCGACCGGAGGGCGCUGAGGCGGCGGACCGAGGAGAAGGUCCGGGAGGCCAAGGAGCUGAGGGAGCUGUGCUCCGGCCGGGGGCCCUGGUUCUGGAUCCCGCUCCGCUCCCACGCCGUCUGGGAGCACACCACCGUCCUGCUGACCUGCACUGUCCAGGCCUCGCCGGCGCCCCAGGUCACCUGGUACAAAAACGACAUGCAAAUCGACCCCCGCCUCUUCCCUCCCGGAAAGUACCGGAUCACCAACAACUACGGGCUGCUGACCCUGGAGAUCCGGAGGUGCACCAUGGAGGACACCGGCACCUACACGGUGAAGGUGCAGAACGCCUACGGCCAGGCCUCCUCCUUCGCCAAAGUCCUGGUCCGCACUUACCUGGGGAAGGAUGCCGGCUUCCACUCGGAGAUCUUUAAAAGACUGGCGUUCGGCCCCAGCGUGGACUUCACCUCGGUGCUGGCCCCGGUCUUCGCCCGCGAGAAGGAGCCCUUCUCCCUGACCUGCUCGUUCUCAGACGACGUGCUAGACGCGGAGCAGAACCUUCAGUGGUUCCGAGACGGGAAGCGGGUGAGGUCCUCCGGGCGCCGGCAGACCCUCUACGCAGACCGCCAGGCGUCCCUGACGGUGUCCUGUGCGCACAAGGAGGACGAGGGGCUCUACACGGUGCGGGUGCCGUCGCCCCUGGGCCCCCGGGAGCAGAGCGCCUAUGUGUUUGUGAGAGAUGCUGCAGCAGAGAACACGGGGGCCCCGGGCUCCCCACUGAAUGUCCGAUGCCUGGACGUGAACAGAGACUGCCUCCUCCUGACCUGGACCCCGCCCAGCAACACCCGGGGCAGCCCCAUCACCGGCUACGUCAUCGAGCAGUGCCGGGGCGAGUCUGGGCAAUGGGUGCCCUGCCACGAGGCCCCCGGCGAGACCUGUCGGUGCCCGAUCCAAGGUCUCGUCCAAGGCCAGAGCUAUCGGUUCCGGGUGCGAGCCGUCAACAAGGCGGGCGGCAGCCUCCCCUCUAAGGCCUCAGAACCGGUUGUCCUGCGUGACCCCGAUGAGGCCCAGAGGAAGACAGAGAUCCUCUUUGAUCUGGGGAGCAAGAUCGUGAUCAACAAAGAUGAUUUGGAAGGCUUCGUGACCAUCCCCUCGCCUCCCACCAAUGUCCACGCCUGCGAGAUCCGCGAGGCCUACGCGGUACUGGGCUGGGAGGAGCCGAGGCCCCGGGGCCGAGCUCCGCUGACGUACUCCCUGGAGAAGUCGGUCAUAGGCAGCGGCACCUGGGAGGCCGUCCGCACAGAAGCUCCGGUGACAUCCCUGCGAUUCGCGCUAUUGGAUCUGGAGAAAGGGAAGUCGUACGUCUUCAGGGUGCGAGCCAUGAACCAGUUCGGCAUGAGCGACCCCUCGGAGCCCAGCGAGCCCAUCGCCUUGCGGGGAAAGCCAGCGACCCUCCCUCCUCCAGCUCAAGUUCAAGCUUUCCGAGACACGCAGACCUCUGUCUCCCUGACCUGGGAUCCCGUGAAAGAAGACUCAGAGCUCCUGGGUUAUUACAUCUACUCCCGGGAGGCAGGGUCAUCUGAGUGGCGAACAGUUAACAACAAACCCAUCCAGGGCGACAGGUUCACCGUGCCCGGGCUAAAGACGGGGAAAGAAUAUGAAUUUUGCGUCAGAUCCGUCAGCGAGGCCGGGGUGGGUGAGAGUUCAGCGCCCACUGAACCCAUCAGGGUCAAGCAGGCUCUGGCAACGCCGUCUGCCCCCUAUGACUUCAUCCUCCUGAGCUGCGGGAAAAAUGACAUGGUCAUUGGGUGGAAGCCCCCCAAGCGUCGUGGAGGCUGCAAGAUCCUGGGCUACUUCCUGGAUCAGCACGACUCGGAGGAGCUGGACUGGCACCCAGUCAACCAGCAGCUUGUCCCGACCCAGGUCUGCAAGGUCAGCAACCUUCGAGAAGGCCAUUUCUAUGAGUUCCGUGCCCGGGCCGCCAACCUGGCAGGCGUCGGCAAGCUGUCAGCGCCCAGCGGCCGGUUUGAGUGCAAAGAGUGGACGAUGCCCCAGCCAGGUCCCCCACACGACGUGCGAGCAUUCGAGGUGCGGGCCACCUCCCUGAUGCUGCAGUGGGAGCCCCCGCUCUACACGGGGGCCGGGCCGGUCACAGGCUACCUCAUCAGCUUCCAGGAGGAAGGCUCUGAGCAGUGGAAGCCACUCACCCCAGACCCCAUCUCUGGCACCCACCUGAGGAUUUCUGACUUGCAGCCGGGGAAGAGGUACAUGUUCCAGGUGCAGGCUGUGAACUCAGCUGGUCCGGGGCAGCCGUCCAUGCCCACCGACCCCGUGCUCCUGGAGGACAGGCCAGAUGCCCCGGAGAUCAAGGUCGGUGUGGACGAAGAAGGCUCCAUCUACUUGGCUUUCGAAGCCCCUGGCGCCCCUGACUCCUCGGAGUUUCAGUGGUCCAAGGACUACCAGGGCCCGCCGGACCCCCAGAGGGUCAAGAUCGAGGAGGGAGCUAACAAGUCCAAGGUCAUCCUAAGAGACCCUGGCCUCGAGGACCUGGGCACCUACUCGGUGGUGGUCACCGAUGCUGAUGAAGACAUCUCAGCGAGCCACACGCUGACGGAGGCAGAGCUGGACAAGCUGAAGAAGUUGAGCCAUGAGAUCAGAAACCCAGUGAUCAAGCUGAUCUCGGGCUGGAACAUUGACAUCCUCGAGCGAGGGGAGGUGCGGCUGUGGCUGGAAGUGGAAAAGUUAUCCCCGGCCGCUGAGCUGCAUCUCAUCUUCAACGAGAAGGAGAUCUUCAGCUCGCCGGACCGCAAAAUCAAUUUUGAGCGAGAGAAGGGCCUGGUGGAAGUGAUCAUCGAGAACCUGCGUGAGGAGGACAAAGGGUCGUACACAGCUCAGCUCCAAGACGGGAAAGCCAAAAACCAGAUCACCCUGGCCCUGGUGGACGACGAUUUCGACAAACUUCUGAGGAAAGCGGAUGCCAAGAGGAGAGACUGGAAGAGAAAACAGGGUCCCUAUUUCGAGGAGUUCUUGCAGUGGAAGGUCACAGAGGACUGCCAAGUGCUGCUGACGUGCAAGGUGACCAACACCAAGAGCGAGACUCGCUUCCAGUGGUUCUUCCAGAAUAAAGAGGCGCCGGACGGCCAGUACGACCCGCAGACCGGAGCGGGGCUCCUCCGCAUCGAGGAGCUGUCCAAGGCGGACAUGGGCGUCUACAGAGCGUCGGUUUCUGACGACCGUGGGCAGGACGACACCAUACUGGACCUCAUGGGGGAAGCCCUGGACGCUGUCUUCACGGAGCUGGGCAGGAUUGGUGUGCUCUCUGCCACCCCCCUGGAAGUCCAGGGCACCGAGGAGGGGAUCCGGAUCUUCAGCAAAGUCAAGUACUACAACGUGGACUACAUGAAAACCUCCUGGUCCCACAAAGAGAAGCGCCUGGAGAGUGGGGACCGGACGCGAGCUGGCACCACGCUGGAUGAGAUCUGGCUCCACAUCCUGGAUCCCAAAGACUCAGACAAGGGCAGGUACACCCUGGAGAUCGCAGCCGGGAAGGAAGUCCGGCAGCUCUCCACCGACCUCUCGGGACAAGCUUUUGAGGACGCCAUGGCUGAGCACCAGAGACUGAAAGCCUUGGCCAUCAUUGAGAAGAAUCGUGCCAAAGUGGUGAGGGGCCUGCCGGAUGUGGCCACAAUCAUGGAGGAUAAGACCCUGUGCCUGACCUGCGUCAUCUCAGGAGACCCCGCCCCUGAAAUUUCUUGGCUGAAGAAUGACCAGCCUGUCACCUUCCUUGACCGUUACCGCAUGGAGGUUAGGGGGUCAGAGGUCACCAUCACCAUCGAGAAGGUCAACAGUGAGGACAGCGGGCGCUACGGCGUCUUUGUCAAGAACAAGUAUGGCUCCGAGACAGGCCAGGUCACCAUCAGCGUGUUCAAGCACGGGGAGGAGCUCAAAGUGCUGGAGAAGAAGUGAUCAGACACAGCCAGGAGACGGGGCGGGGGUGGGGGGUGGGGGGCAGAGGGUGGUACACCACAGCGGAGCAACAAAGGGGACCUGGCUGGGGUCCCCUCCAGGAGAGUAGGAUCAGCCCUGGACUUGGAAUAAGACACCUCUGAGCAAGACCCAAUUUCAACUCUACAGGCUCCAUCAGCUUUGCCUUUCUCGUCAAUCAAACAGGAAUUCCUAGUCCUAGGGAAUAUUUAUAAAAACCAUUUAUAAACCAUAUACCACUGGUUCUCCACCCGAGGGACGAAAGACAAUGUCCAAGUUUUUUAUCGUCACAACUGGAGGUAUCUCUUGGCAGAAGUGUCUAUUGGCAAAGGUCAGGGAAACUGCUAAGCACCACAGCUCCGCACCACAUGGAAUUAUCCCUCCCCAGAUGUCAAUGUGCCAAGGUUGGCUAGCCCUGCCAUAAAGUGAUAUAUCACAAUAUCCCUCUUUUAGGAUGCUGUAUUUUCCACUCACGUAAGUUCAACAAACAUUCAUGUGAAGCCUGGCAUGUGCCAGGCUGAGGAUGGCAUCGGGAGCACAGAGAUAAAUACUACUCAGGCCCUGCUGCCCAGGAGGCUUCAGCCCAUUGGGAGAGUCAGACCCGGGAACAAUGACUCUGGGACGAGGCACAUGAUAAGAUUAUAAAACAAGGGCAAAUAACGUGCCUCUCGUGGUCAAAGGAGAGAGACAGACGUCUGUCCCAAUUGGAGGAGGGGGGCUUUCAAACAUCUCCACAGAACUAGCAGAAUUAUGUCAGACCCUGAACAAUGAGUCCAAUUUGGUGGUGGUGAUGGAAGGAGGACAUUUCAGGAGUGGGUCCUGGUGGGAGCAAAGGCGAGGAGGUGGGUGAUGCUGCCUGGAUGGCAUUGGAUGCCAGGCUGGUGAGCUGGAUGACCUUCAGGAUGUUGUGACAGAUCCCAGUUGGCCUGUUUGAUGGACUCCAAGUCAGAGCUGGGCAUUUCACCACUCUCCGAUUUCCUUAUUUUUUCCAUUGAUUUUUAGGAAGAGUGAAGGGAGGAGGGGAGGCAGAGAGAAACAUCAAUGUGAGAGAGACACAUCACAUUGAUUGGUUGCCUCAUGCACAUGCCCUGACCAGGGUUGGGAAUGAAUCCUGCAACCGAGGUACGUGCUCUGGACCGCAGUCAAGCCCUUGACUCUUCAGCCCAUUGGCCAACGCUCUAUCCACUGAGCCAAACUGGCUAAGGCUUCUUCUUUUUUAAAAAUAAGAUUUGGAUUGGGUGGGGUUUAUAAAAUUAGAGAUAUUUGUUGCAAACAUUUAGAAAGCCAUGAAAAUGAUAAGAAAGAAAAUAAAAAUCACCUAUAACUCCAACACCAUAAGAUAACUCACCUCUGUUUUCUUAAAUGACUUCUGAACUUAAGGAUAAAAUGAAUCCUCCCUACAUCCAC